UUCCGGCCCAAGCAGCAGUACUUAGUAAGGCAUCACUUCGUUGUAGAGUCCAGCGCACGCAUUUAGUAGAGCCCACCCUAGCGCUACCAUCAUCUCAGUGACUUGACCGCCCAACCGAAACAAACAACCAUGUGUACGAUGUUUUACACACCACAUGCCUGUGGAUGCCAGAAGGACUCAAAGUUUGUCCAAUGCGAAGCACGCCAAGGUACAAACGUCCGUUGUUCCUCGUACGCUAGGCAACCGUUGAGCCAGGCAGGAAAUUAUUGCGAGAAUCAUCUCGUGAAAGACACUGCACCUAUACAAAUGCGUCAGUGAAUAAAGAACCGGCAAAGCCAGCCAGUACAAGUGUAAGCUAAAUGUUAUUAUUCCUACAAUACGUGUGUUGUGAAGGUGAAGUCAAAUAAAAUUGUCUCAUCAGUGUUUCAGUAUUACUAUUGAAUAUUUUCUGGUGAGAUAUUCGAGAGGACAGUUGCUGAGAUAUGACUUGUGCCAGCAUAUCUUUCGACUUUGUUGCAGGUUCCGUAG